AUGAGUCCAAUGAACGAGAAGACCGUCCUACCGUCCUCGACUGCUCCAGCAGGAUCAGUCUCGAAACCCAACUGGGUUUCAAGGAACCGCAAAUUUUUCGCCGUCCUUUUGGGUCUGUUCCUACUCCUCCAACACUUUGUGAUCUCGCCUUACUUGCUUGAUCUAUGGGAUGAGUCAUCAGCUUCAACUGGUCACAGGAAGUCUACCUGCGAACAAGCCGAACCAAUUUACCCGAAGAGCUUCAACGUCUCUUCGCUCAUAGAGGGCAAGAAGGAUCAACUUGUCAACUGGCUCAGUGGUGCUGUCAAGAUCCCUACAGAGAGCUUCGAUGAUAUGGGUGAGAUCGGAGUGGAUAAACGGUGGGAUAUCUUCUAUCGAUUUGCCGACUACCUUGAAACGUCGUAUCCUCUGGUACAUCAGCAUUUGAAACGGACCCGAGUAGCUACGCAUGCCCUCGUGUUUGAGUGGGAAGGCUCGGAUCCAUCUCUUAAGCCUUUGCUUCUGACUGGACAUCAAGACGUUGUACCUGUACUCCCUGCAACCAAAGGACUAUGGACCCAUGAUCCCUUCGGGGGAGAGUACGACGGUGAAAAGAUUUGGGGAAGAGGUUCAAGCGAUGAUAAAUCAGGCAUAAUUGGUGUAUUAUCUGCCGUUGAGAUCUUGCUUGAAUCAGGCCAAUUUUCCCCUACUAGGACUGUCAUUCUAGCAUUGGGGAGUGAUGAGGAAACAGGUGGCAAGGUGGGAGCGUAUCAUCUAAAUGAAUGGAUCGAGGAUAAAUACGGCAAAGACUCAAUCGCUAUGUUGAUUGACGAGGGAAGUGGCCUGGAGGAGAUCUGGGGUCAGCUAUUUGCCACACCUGCAGUGGGUGAAAAGGGGUAUAUGGAUCUCGAGCUUCGAGUAGAGACUUUGGGUGGACAUAGUUCCGUUCCUCCCCCUCAUACCGGUAUCGGAUAUAUCUCUCUACUUAUCGCUGCCCUAGAAAGACACCCUCAUAAGCCACUUCUCAACGUUGAUUCCCCACUGGUCGGCUUGGUAUCCUGUGGAGCAGACUCGGCACCUAACUUCCCUAGUCAUCUUAGAAAGGCCAUCCACCGAGUUGAAGAUUCUCUUGCUUCCAAGCACGGAAAGGUAGAUGAAAAAGCUCUGAAGGAGAUAGAAGACUGGUGGGUGGAAGGCAGCUACAAAGAUGGCACUUUGCCCAAAGGUAUGGGUAGUGCUAUGGUCGGUACUACACAGGCGGUGGACAUCAUCAAUGGAGGACUAAAAGUCAAUGCAUUGCCUGAAAAUGUGGUUGCUAUCGUAAACCAUCGAAUUAGUCUUGCGUCCUCAGUCGCCGAGCUCCAACAACAACUCAUUGACGUUAUUGGUCCUGUGGCCGAUAAGCUCAAUCUCGAUGUCGUAGCCUUCGGCAAAAAUAUACAACCUCAUGGAUGUCGUAUGGAUGAAGUACAUAAAGGCCCGAAAGCCGGAAAAGUCUUCUUGAAUGUCGCUUUCAAUUCAUCUCUCGAUCCUGCCCCUGUAUCACCUUUCACCAUUGAUAGCCCAGCAUGGAAGCUCCUUGCGGGAACAGUUCGAGGUGUUUAUGCCACUCGACCAGAGGCUCAAUUGAGCAAAGAAGAGGCAGACAAAUCUCUGAUCAUGGCACCAUCCAUUUCCACUGGAAACACCGAUACCAAACGAUACUGGAAUUUGACUCGAAAUAUCUAUCGGUUCGGAUAUCUGGAAUCCAAGGACGACCAUCACAACAAUAUUCAUACUGUGGACGAGUACCUGGCUGCGGACAGCUUAGUUGAGCUAGUCAGGUGGUUUAUGAACUUCAUUGUGAACGUGGAUGAAAGUAGAGAAAUCUAG